AUGGUUCUCCUCGUCUUGUACAUCAAAGCGACGCUCGAAAACGUCCGGGAAAUCCAAUUCCCUUUAUCCCUCCCUUUCCACGUGAACAUCAAAGACCCGGUCGGUUUUGAAGAGCGCGAAAACGUCACGGUGGACCCACAAAACGUGAACGAGCUGGAAAACUCUCGAGGCGAGGCACAUUUCACGGUGAAAUUCGAAGGUCAAAUGAAACAAUCCUCCAUCGUGGUUUUAGAUGAAGUCAAAAAUGUGUUUAAGAAGGAAGCCUCGAUACCCGAAAGCGAGGACGGUCGGUUCGUUCCAAUCCGAGGGUUCGAAUGCAGAGGCGUAGAUAUCACCGGGUUUGAUAAGUUUAGCGAAAGUAGCGGUUCCGGCGGAGUCACCGUUACCUCCAAAGCGGGCACCGUUUUCGAGGACGUCCACUUGGACGAAGACUGGUACGAGUAUUGCGAGAAAGGCGGCGAGAGCGUUUCCGUAACAGACGUCGAGUACGAGUUUAGAGUAGAAAAGAGCGGGAAAUAG